CUUUAAUUACUGCCAUGAAAAAAGGUGUUUCUGCCAUCUGCCACGCUGGCAGAAUGCACCAUCAUGCAAUCAUUAAUGGUUCUGUUCGGAAUUACCUCAGUGACAUAGUUCUAGGCCACGGCACUUAGCUCACUUGUAGUUCAACCGCCAAGUCACCCACUGUCUACAUUCAAACUCGUAUCCGCCUGGUCUGCUUGUCAGAUGUUGUAAAUGGUUUUUUCGUUGUCUUGCUCAGAAAAGCAGUAGUUGGUAUAAACUUAUCAAGCUAUGUUUGCCGCCGUUCUGCUGCUCGUUUUGCCGUUCUGUACCGCAGAGUCUGCAUCCAGUUAUGCAGGAUCAACCGUCGUUGAUUCUUACCCUCCCCCCGGCGCCAUCAAAACUGCUGUUGACGCUUACUUCCCGGAUGGAUCUCAAGUCGGUUAUUUAGGUCCAACGUCUACUGGUGCUGAACCUGCGGCCAUUGCCACUGCCAUCCCAUUCUCUAAAGCUGAAAACGCAUUUCCCUUGUCGAGGCCCAAUUCGGCAGACGGCGCAGACAUCGCUUUUGAUGUGAUGCGUCACUGGGGCAACUCGGCCCCCAUGUACUCCGUAGAGUCCUUUGGUCUUCCUGGUGCAUCCCCCAUCAUACCAGAAGGGUGUGGCAUCAACGCGGUACAUCUCUUGAUGCGCCAUGGCGCUCGCUAUCCAACCUCUGAAUUUGGACUUUCUCACUUCGCCUCUAAAAUUCACACUGCUGCAUCGAAACAAGGCUUCAAUGUCACUGGUGAUUUGGAAUUCUUGGCAACCUGGACGUAUAAGUUGGGCGUGGAGAUCUUGACGCCUUAUGGCCGCGACUCGCUCUUUAGCAACGGAGUUGCCUUCCGCUACAGAUAUGGCGAGUUGCUUAAUGCCUUCACGGACCUCCCAGUAUUCCGUACCACUUCUGAAGAUCGCAUGUUGGAUUCUGCCCUGAACUUUGCCGCAGGUUUUUUUGGCCUCAGAACUUACGAGACCGAUUAUCACCAGGAGAUUAUCAUCGAGGAGAACAACUUCAACAACACACUCGCUCCUAGUCGUGUGUGCCCAAACUCCAAUACGGCGGAUAUCGGUAGAUUCGGUAACACUCAAGCUAAGAAGUGGGCAAAUAUCUAUCUCAUCGAUGCUCGGAAGCGCUUGCAACCAAUGAUCCAAGGAUUCAAUUUGACCAUCUCACGAUUGGUCGACAUGCAACAAAUGUGCACCUAUGAGACCGUAGCCCUCGGAUAUUCCAAGUUUUGUGACCUCUUCACUGAGGAAGAAUGGGAAGGAUACGAAUAUUACGUCGAUCUUAAUUUUUGGUACAGCAGCGGACCAGGCAAUCCAACAGCAGCAGCGCAGGGUCUUGGCUGGGUUCAAGAACUAGUGUCGCGUCUCACUCACACUCCCAUCAAUGUCUGGAACAGCAGCACCAACGGCACUCUCGAUUCGAACAACAUCACAUUCCCUCUUGAUCAACCUAUAUAUGUGGACGUUACCCACGACACUGUCAUUUCCAGUAUCGUCACUACUCUGAACUUCACCAGUCUAGCUGCAAGUGGUCCUUUGCCAACCGACCAUAUACCCCUUCACCGUUCUUACAUUGCUAGUCAGAUUGUUCCUUUUGCCAGCCAGCUUGUAGCUCAAGUACUCAGUUGCCCAGCCUCAGAGGGGCCAACUCAUAUCCGGUUCCUUCUAAAUGAUGGCGUGGUGCCACUGACGGGCAUCCGUGGUUGCACGGAAGACUCAAACGGUCUUUGCGCACUGCCUGGUUUCAUCAGCGGAAUGCAUGAACGGAUCGGGCAGAUUGACUUUGCGCAUGAUUGUUACGGUAAUUAUACACUACCCAAUCCAGACAACAUUGUCGAUGGAAGAUACCCUGGAUGAUAUAUUAUACCCCGGAGAAUAUAAUUACAACCAUGUGGUUGUGACACCUCGCGUGUAUUUCAUAGGAUCGACGAUCAACGACCAUUCAACGGGGUGCUCCUCCUCUUGACCCGUUCAAGUUGUUGGUUUCCGCAGUUUUCUUUCUUCGCUUGCAAUACUGUUCGCCUUGCCGACCCUUGAUAUUCUCACCAUGUAUUUUCCCUUGCAAGACAAUCAUAUAUUUUUCACUUAAAGAUUU